AAACGCAAAAUUGGAUAGGUACCCCUUUCUCCCCACCAAAAUUAACUUAAUUCCAUUCUUAACUUUGCGGUCAGGCAUUAUUAGUGACAGAGCCCACAGAUUGAUCCCAUCUUCCUUUUCAAUUUAAGGCGCUACCCAUAUUCUCAUCCCUCACUGUUCUCUACCCUCUUCUCUUCCCUUGAGAUCUCACUGAUAUGGGUGCUGACAGAAAGGUACUUACUUUGGCUCAGGUCUCCGAGCAUAAUACCCCCAAGGACUGCUGGCUUAUCAUUAAUGGCAAGGUUUAUGAUGUGACAAAUUUCAUGGAAGACCAUCCUGGUGGUGAUGAAGUUUUAUUGUCAGCGACAGGGAAGGAUGCAACUGAUGAUUUUGAGGAUGUUGGUCAUAGUACUAGUGCCAGAGAAAUGAUGGACAAGUACUACGUUGGAGAGAUCGAUGUGUCCACCAUCCCCAAGAAGAAAGCAUAUACACCUCCAAAACAGCCACAUUACAAUCAGGACAAAACAUCUGAAUUCAUCAUCAAGCUUCUCCAAUUCCUAGUUCCCCUUGCUAUCUUAGGUCUUGCUGUUGGCAUCCGCAUUUACACCAAAUCAUCUUAAGAUUCUAUCUUGUGAUUUUAUAAUGGAGAACAAUGUGCUUCUUUCAUGCUAGGUGAACACUGGUUAUCAGUUGACUCUCAUCUCUCUUUGUUAUUGUUUUGUGACCGGUAGUGUAAUGGAAGUUGUGCUUUUCCCCUCUCCCCACAUUUGUUGUGAUAA